GGGGUUCAGCCUCUUUCCCCCCGCCCCCCUCCCCCCCUUCUCGCUGUGAGUUUGGAGUUAGGGUCGGUGUCGGGUAUGAGAUUUACAAGGCGAGUAUUUGGUGGUGGGAUACUUCCGUCGUAUUUAGUGAUGGCUAUCCUAAUUGUCUUUAUUGUGGGAGCUGUUCUGACGACAUUAUUGCCUAAAGUUGUGGAAAGUGGAGCUGUUCUUGUCCAUAGGGAGCAAGAUGACCAGAGAACUGACAUUCAGAAUUCCUUCACCAUAAUCAUGCAGUCUUACAAUAGAACAGACCUGCUUCUUAAACUGCUGAAUCAUUAUCAGGCCAUUUCAAAUUUACACAAGAUCAUUGUUGUUUGGAAUAGUGUCGGAAUAAAAGCGCCAACAGAUUUAUGGGAUUCAUUGGGACCACAUCCCAUCCCUGUUCUAUUUAAGGAACAGACCGUAAAUAGAAUGCGAAACCGACUGGAGCCAUUUCCAGAAUUGGAAACCAAAGCUGUCUUGAUGCUUGAUGACGAUAUUUUAAUUAGCGCCUAUGACCUUGAUUUUGCUUACUCAGUGUGGCAGCAAUUUCCAGAUCAAAUUGUUGGGUUUGUCCCCCGGAAACACGUCAUAACUUCCUCUGGAAUUUACAGCUAUGGCAGCUUUGAACUCCAGAAUGCACUGGGUGGAAGUGGUGACCAUUACUCCAUGGUGUUAAUUGGAGCUGCAUUUUUCCAUGCCAGUUACCUCGACAAGUUUAAAGUUCAACUUCCAGCUGUCCACAGUUUAAUCGACAGGACCCAGAAUUGUGAUGACAUUGCAAUGAAUUUUAUAGUUGCAAAGCACACUGGGAAGCCAUCAGGAGUGUUUGUGAAGCCGGUGGACAUGAGGAAUCUAGAAAAAGAUUCCAACAAUGGCUUCAAUGGCAUGUGGCAUCGGCCGGAACACUUGCUUCAAAGGUCCUGGUGUUUAAAUCAGUUAGCUGCUAUCUAUGGCAGCAUGCCUCUGAAGUAUUCUAACAUUAUGAUCUCUCAGUUUGGAUUUCCCAACUAUGCAAAUCACAAAACAAAAAGCUGAAGAUACUGGACGGUAUCCAAAGUUAUUAUAGACUUUUGUAAGUGGAUAUUGGAUAAGGAGAUUGACCUAACAUGUGGAAACAGUGAUACAUAUCCUCUGGCUAUACAGCAGGUGCCAUCAUUGAGGCAGAUACCAUUGAGUGUUGCCAUUUUCUGUUGUUAGAUCUUCUGUAUUCUUGCCUGUAACAGUCUACAAUUUUGAUAUUUGAUAUUUUUACUGUUUUUGUUUGUUUAUCUUUGCUGUUUCUACCUGUACAAAGUGUGGUUAUAUCAUGAUCAGCUGUUGCCACUAUUGACUGAGUAGCCAAUUUGUGGACUGUGGUGUCUGUCACCUUUUAUAAGUAAUUGAUGUCCCUUACCCACUAUUAAAACACUCUAAAAGGUUGUGCCUGCAUCACUCUGUUUCUAGGAAUCUGCUUUUUCACUCCUGUCUUGUGUAUUUUUAACCCUGUGUUGCUUUUAAUUUGAAGUACAUGUCCAGUCUCAGGAUGCUAUGAUGUGUAUACCUUUAG